AUGGACUCUGUUUCAGAACCCUCCGCUGCUCCCGGAGAGCCAGUCCUUCCAGUCGUUCAAGUUACCACAGAAUCAUCCAACGCCCCGGACCGACCAGAAGACACCUCCCAAACACUCGAGCCGCCAAUGGAUACUUCAGAAGACAAUGCACAGCCUCCUCAGCCACCGGUUGCGCCGGAGACAGCCAAUACCGAGGAGCCCCAGCAGCCCACUGCUGAAACCCCUGAGAAUGUCGAUGUUCCAGCAGGAGAUGCCCCAGCUGAGCCAAACCCACCACAGAAUGACGAUGCCCCUGAGCCGCCUGCGCCAGAAUCCACUGAAGAGUCGGUUCCGGCACCUCCGGAGGAAGAACCGGCCACCUGGGCAGGCCUCGAAGAGGACACUUCCUCCCCCGAUGAAGAGGAGCUGAAAAAGAUUGAAGCCAGCGAUGGUGAUUAUAGCGCUAUGGAGUACGAUUAUUGGGAAAAGUCCUUUUAUAGCGAGGUUGACGAUCCGGAAUAUCGGCCGGCUGAGAAAGCUCGUCUCACAUGGAAAAUCAAAGGCGUGCGAGGUACCAAGGAGAAACCCAACCGAGCCAAGAUCAUGCGCUCGCCCCCUGCGUACGUUGGAGGAUUUUGGUGGACUAUCAAAUUCUUCCCGCGAGGAAACGGAAGUCAGUCCCUGAGCAUAUACGUCGAGUGUUCCAAGGAGAUGCCUACUCCAGACGAGAAGUUGCCAGAGACCAACUUCACUGUCCGCUCUGGUGCUCCAACGGACGACUUGAAGGAAAGUGACCCAAAAAUGGAUAUCAAAAUCCCUGCUUUAGAGAACUCAAAGGAGUGGUUUGAGAAUUACAAGAAGUGUUACGGCUACAGUGGUGUUAAUUGCGAGUCUACGGAUGCUGCUGCACAAGGAACCAAGCAGGUCUGGCGGGUCUCGGCACAGAUCGGGGUUAUCUUAUACAACCCUAACGAGCCUCGCACAGGCUGGAUGCAGUCAUCUUGCCAUCAAUUCAAUCCACACAACCUAGAUUGGGGUUGGACUUACUUCCACGGUCCCUGGGAGGAGAUUCAUAUCCGCCACCAAAGUCAACGCCAGGCCCUUCUACGUAACGAUACUUUGGCGUUCGAUGCCUAUAUACGAGUCUUUGACGACCCUACCUUAUCUCUCUGGUGGCAUCCAAGCGAUUCUGAGCCGGUUUGGGAUAGUCUUGCUGCGACGGGCUACCGCCCGAUCGGUGAUUCUGUCAUCAACCACAGCGCUGAGGUUGCCGGAUUAGCCUCAUGGAUCAAUCUUGCACCUUUCAGGAAAAUCAUCCAGAGUGUUGAUGUUCAAGAGCACCGCCACAACUGCAAUGUGAAACCUCGUCCAUUAUGUGAAGCUCUACAGGAGUUUCUAUGGCGUUUACGCCACCAGGACCCUGAAAGUCAAUGCGUCGACACUGACAAAGUCACAUCGACUCUGCGCAACUUGCACGAGUAUUCAAGCGACGUGGUAGAGUUCUGGGAGAGGAUGCGCAGGACCCUGGAAAUAGAACUCCAAGGUACUAGUGCUGUCGAAGAGCUCGCUCGUAUUUUUGAUAGCCCGCCUGUUGCAGUGAGCGACCCACAGGGAUCAAAUGUGACACAUACUUUGUCUUCCCAAUCUCAGCUCAUCACCAGUAUUCGCAUUCCGGUAGAUAAAGAGAAGAACAUUCAGGGUGCUCUCAACCGGUAUUUCAAGGAUCAGUCUGGUCGAUGGUCCUUGCCCCCUGUGCUUCAUGUGGAGCUAAACCGUCAACGCUUCGAUUACUCUGCCCGUCAGUGGAAGCUCCUUUAUAAUCGCGUUGACCUCGACGAAACACUUGAUUUGGCGUCUUACGUAGCGCAUGGGCAGUCUGGUGGCUAUGACUUGUAUGGGUUUAUUGUUCAUCGUGGCCGCCGCACAUCCGGCAAGUUCUUCAGCAUUCUGCGGCCGGGAGGCCCUGGCUCAAAAUGGGUUGCUUUCGACGACGGCAGCCACAAUCGAGUCGAGUGUUUGACGCGGAAGGCCGCGUUGGAAUCUCAUGUUGGUCUCGAAGAAAGCAAGCUCAAGGACGCCAAUGACAAGACCGGCCAUGACUUUGCAGUUGCGGCUCUCUAUGUACGACGCGAUAUGAUUUCAGAGUACCUUCCUGGCAAGCUGGAGCCAUGGGAUGUCGCCGAGCCACUUCGUACCUACUUUGAGACUGGAUCCUAUAUAUCCAAAGAAGACGCUUCGGAGUCCGAAGCGAAGAUUGAGCAAACAGUCCAAGUUGAGGUCUAUGGUCUCCCUACAAUCGAGGAGUCACUCGAAAGCAUCUUUGAUACCUAUGACUUGAUGUCUCAAGCUAAACGCACGGGCAAUGUCAAGUAUUUUACUCUGCCAAAGAGCACAUCGAUUGCCGAUUUGCGUCGGAAAAUAGCAUUUUCGCAGACAAGUGAGACCGAACAGAUUGGUAAUCACCGUGUCAAACUUUGGAAAAUCGGACACGCCAAGAAACAACUUGGAGCAGGUCUUCUCUUUGAUCGUCAGGAUGACCUGACGGAGACCUUGGCAAAGGAAGGAGAUGUGGUGCGAUUCUGGGCGCACGUUCUGUCUGAGGACGCAGCCAAGUCCUUUGGCCUUCCCGAACCAAUUGCCGUCAAGACCGUCGAAGACAAACCUCAGGAGACUGUUGAAGUCCGUGAUGCUCCGGACUCAGACGAAGAAAGGCCAACAGGUGACGGAUCUGGAUCUUCACGAUUGAAUAAUAACCCCGCUACUUCGUCAUCUCAACCUCAAACGGAGCCCGUUGAGCGUCCGGAAUCAUCAAACUCAGCAGAAAACCUCACAGUUUUGACUGCAAAUGACGGUGAGCGAAUGGAUGUUGACGGUACGGCGUCAUCCAACGCAGGUGUUCCUAGCACUGAGCAGGUAUCUGCUCAUGAUGUCCCGCAGGACACAGUCAUGGAAGAUUCGCCAUCUGAAGGUCAGGAGUCUAGCCUUGAAUCGGCUCACAGCAAUUCUACCGAUGCUUCCUCUGUGGACAAACCUGAAUUUGUACCUCAUAUCUACUAUUUUAUACAGAUAUUUGAUACCGAAAAGCAGUCACUGAAGCCUGCCGGUGCUUUCAUUUCGGCUUUAACCGACAAUGUCAAGUCGGAAAUUCGCAAAAAUCUAGGGUGGGAAGCUAAUAAGGACUUCCUCUUGUGGUCUCGAAUUGACAACACUUCCGUUGUUACUGUUUCGCCUAGUGAGACAUUCUCCGUAUCUGUUGGGGAUGGUCAUUGCUUCAUUGUGGGUGAUCGACUUAGCAAAGAACAACGUGCCAAAGUCGGUUCUGCUGGACUAUUCACAAACCCCGAUCGCCUAGUUCAAUAUAUCUGGGCCUGCUCCCGCAGGCACCCAACUCGGGCGUUCACUGGCACUAAGACCAUCGAUGCCACAUUCAAUGGCGACUACUAUAGUGGUGAAUUCAGCAAGGGCUAUUACCAUGGCAAGGGCACCCACAUCUCGGAUACUGGUACUACAUACUCUGGUGAUUUCAUCUUCGGACAACGCCAUGGUCAGGGCAAGAUGGAGUACCCAUCUGGCGACUCGUAUGAAGGUGACUGGGUCGAAGACCAACGUCACGGCCAAGGCACUUUCAUCGAAAGUAAGACCGGAAACAAGUAUGUUGGUGGUUACAAAGAUGGCAAACGCCAUGGCAAAGGUAUUAGCUACUGGGAAGUUGCGGAUGAGGAAAUGGAUCUUUGUCAGAUCUGCUACGGCGAGGAACAGGACGCGCUAUUCUACGACUGUGGCCACGUUUGUGCGUGCGUCAACUGCGCGCGCGAAGUUGACAUUUGCCCGAUCUGUCGCAAGAAUGUCCUCAAGGUAGUCAAAAUUUACAAGAUGUAG